UCAAUCAACUCAUUCCCUCGGAAUCUCGAAGAAGACAAUGUCGGUGCUCUCAGAUCUCGUCAACCUCGACCUCUCCGACUCCACCGACAAGGUCAUUGCAGAGUAUAUAUGGAUUGGUGGAUCAGGCAUGGAUCUCAGAAGCAAAGCAAGGACCCUUUGUGGCCCUGUAAGUGAUCCUUCAGAUGUUCCCAAAUGGAGUUAUGAUGGAUCCAGCACCGGCCAAGCCUCCGGCGAAGACAGUGAAGUGAUCCUCUACCCACAAGCAAUUUUCAGGGACCCUUUUAGGAGAGGCAACAAUAUUCUUGUUUUAUGUGAUGCUUACACAGCAGCCGGAGAGCCGAUCCCGACGAACAAGAGACAUGCUGCUGCCAAGAUCUUUAGCCAUCCUGAUGUUGCUGCUGAAGUACCAUGGUAUGGUAUUGAGCAAGAGUACAGCUUGUUGCAAAAGGACGUAAAAUGGCCGAUUGGGUGGCCGAUUGGUGGUUUCCCCGGGCCACAGGGACCAUACUAUUGCGGUGUUGGUGCCGACAAAGCCUUUGGCCGUGACAUCAGUGAAGCUCAUUACAAAGCUUGUUUAUAUGCUGGUAUUAACAUUAGUGGCAUCAACGGAGAAGUGAUGCCAGGACAGUGGGAAUUUCAAGUUGGUCCCUCAGUUGGGAUAUCUGCUGGGGAUGAAAUGUGGGUUGCUCGUUACAUCUUGGAGAGGAUAACAGAGAUUGCUGGGGUAGUCCUUUGUUUUGAUCCUAAACCAAUCCAGGGAGAUUGGAGUGUUGCUUGUGCUGAUAUAAACUACAGUACAAAGUCAAUGAGGGACGAUGGCGGUAUUAAGGUGAUCAGGAAAGCAAUUGAGAAGUUGAAGCUUAGGCACAAAGAACACAUUGCUGCAUAUAGAGAAGGCAACAAGCAUCGUCUUAACGGACAACAUGAAACAAACGAUAUCAACACCUUCUCUUGGGGUGUUGCAAAUCGUUGUGCUUCUGUUCGUGUAGGACGAGACACUGAAAAGAAAGGAAAGGGAUAUUUUGAAGACCGAAGAUUACCAUCGAACAUGGAUCCAUAUGUUGCAACCGCCAUGAUUGCUGAAACCACCAUCUUGUGGAAGCCAUGAGGAAGAAGAUUAGUUCUUCCAAAUUCAUAGUUUUCCAUGUUUCAUCCUUUUUCACAGUUAAUUCCUAUCCUUUUGUCCCUUUGAGGCUUGCAAAAAGCAAGUUUACAGUUCCCUGUUACUCCCAGUUCUGUGUCAAGUAAUAAAAAACAAGAUCCUUCAUGUAUCUUUAAUCACUGGGGUCACGUUUACUUU